CACGAAAUUUCGUAUCUGCAGAGUUGACUUCGGUUGUAACUGUUCUCAGUGUGAGCGAAUUGACUAUAGUCAGUUAUGAAAGAGAACGAGUUAAAUUUAUUGCAGAGGCAUUUCAGAUUCAAGGAGAUGCAGAUCACACUCGCUGUUCUAGCACUUGUGGCACUGUCUUUUGGUGAAGCCAAACCAAUCUUGGAAGAACCCAAAUUCUGCAACGAUCUUGAAUGCCCGCACUUUAACACCAUCAAUAAGACUGACAAAUAUGAAGUCCGUUCCUAUCCAACGCCCUACAAGUGGGUGUCAACAGUAGUAGCAGGUUAUGAAUAUGACGAAGCAGUUAGAAUGGGUUUUAUGCGCCUGUUCAAGUACAUUGAGGGUGCAAACGUGAAAAAGAUGAAGAUCCCCAUGACGGUGCCAGUUGCUGUGGAAAUUCAGCCAGGGCAGGGUCCCUUCUGCAAAAAUAAUUUCACUAUCAACUUUUUCGUUCCUUUUGAGGAUCAAGCUGAUCCAGCAGCCCCCACUGAGGAAGAUGUUUUUAUCUCAACCUUACCAGCGAUCACUGCUUAUGUUAAGGUGUAUGGUGGUUACUCGAACCUUGAUCUUGUUCAGAAGUAUUCCGAAGAGUUGGGCGAGGACCUUGUUAAAGAUGGGCUUGGUGACACGUUCAGAAAGGAUGUGUUUUUCACUGCUGGCUACAACAGCCCUUUUAAACCGAUAAAUCGCCAUAAUGAGAUCUGGUAUCUCAGGAAAGAUUCUGUUGCCAAACCUAUCCUAGUCUAAAUAAAACUGAUUGAACUGUUUCACGCUACAGCGAACUUUGUAGAAACCGGUAUUUCAACAAAGUGUAACAUAGCAUCAAAAAAGUAAUUAAAACUCUUGUAUUCCUUGUCUACA